ACUGAAGACGCGUCUACGUGUGUUCCCGUGUGUCCGUCUGAGUCGUACGUGCCCGAGCUGAAAGGAAAUCAUGUCAGCGAUAUUCACCUGGGCCUGUUUGCUGCUCUGGAUCAGCUUCGCCACGCAGGACAAAACGCCAGAUGUGGCUGUGACGUGCUUCGUCUCCGAGGAGUGCGUUCUCCCCUGCAGCUUCAAGCCGGACAGCAAGGAGACCGUCGAGUGGUUCAGGCAGGAUGAGCUGGUGUACAAGUUCAAGCAGGACACUAAGGACAAACACGACGACAGGGACGACAGCGAUGAUGAUGAUGACGAUGAUGAUGAUGAUGAUGAUGAGGACAGCAGCGAAGAGCACUUUGAGCAUGAGAAGGUCGCUGGCCGCGCCUCCAUUUUCCCACACCUGAUAACACACGGCAACGCCACGCUGAUCCUCCGGAGUUGCGGGUUAAAGGACAGAGGGACGUAUCGGUGUCAUGUGAAAACCUCGACAGGUGAACACAACGCGAAGGUCAUCGUGAAGGUGGAAGCACCCAUCCGAGGCCUGUCUCUGGAGCUGUCCAGGCUGAGCGGCUACGAGGAGAUGAAGUGCACCGUCCGCAAUGUCUUCCCGGCUCCACGUGUAACCUGGGCGACCGAGCCGCCCACUUUAGAGGCCCUACGACCGGUCACGCGCAUCCUGCCCGACAAACAGGGGCUGUACACGGUCGACAGCCGCCUCAAGAGGCUGAGCGGACAACCUGACCUCAUCUACAUCUGCAAAGUCACGACUUCCUACGGUGGUCCGGCCUGGACUGCCUCGCUCAGGGAGAGAGAAAUAAAAGGAGCUCAAGGCAGAGAUCUGACCAUCCCCUGCUAUGCCCCUCCUUACAUGAACAACCCCUUCCUCCACUGGAGCUUCUCCAACGGCGAGGACCCCUCCCACAUCCUCACCUACGACAGCCAGUCGGGGAAAAGCGUCUCCUCGCCGCCGUGGGAAAGCCACGUGGAGCUGGACGGCUUCAGGGUCCCGUUUGGAGAUGGCUCUCUGCGACUGAUGGAUCCCAAACACCUGGAGCACACGGGCAGCUACACCUGUGUGUUCUCCAUGCCGUACAACACUCACACCGAGCGCACCGGUGUCACCAUCGACGGUCCUGACGUUCAGCCAAGAACUUCAGAGGCGCCGUCUUAUUGGUGGAUCGUCGGCCUGGUGAUCGCGGUGCUGGUUCUGGCUCUGGCGGGAAUGCUGGCCUACCUGAAGGUGAAAGGAGGCGCCUCAAAGCCCAGAAACGACCCUGAAGAGGUGACAGAGCUGCAUUCAGUCAAAGACUCGACAGCCGACAGUAACCUGAAUGAGAGCAGACCUCUGACGGUGGGCAGCACCAACGGCCAGUCGGGCCUCCAGACUGGAGCCCAGCUGACCUGAGAACAAACUGAAUCCACAACCUGGAAAACACAUGAAACUAACUAGAUACUAACAAAUCAAACACGCACACGGCUGCACACUGACACGGAUCAAACUGCUUUUCUCCAGAGCUUUUUAAACAUGUAAUUAUUUUUUUCCGGGCACAUUGGAUGUUUUUCUAACAGGGAACUGACACCAUGAUAAACUGAUUUCACUCUUCGUGCUCGAGUGUAGAAGGCGAACAACAAACUGCUUCCAGCGUCCUCGUGACGGUGCAGCUGUAAAUCUGCCGUUCAGGAACUAGUUUUUUCUCGUGACGAUCCCUGAAGACGGAUCGCGCUGAUUCUAAAAACAAACAAACUGGAUUUUCCAUCACAGGAACUUUUCUUCUGAACUCUGAACUUGGACAGUGAAGCCUGAUGUUUCGGGACUAUUGGGGAAAAGUCUGCAGACGAUUUAGCAGUUUGAAAGCUUUUGUCUGCAUUAAUGCCUCGUCACAGCAAAAUGAAUCUGUACUUUGGUUGUCGCUCUGUGAAACAGUGACAGGCGGCUCCUACAAAGUGCCUCGAUGUCUUUCUGCUGCCUCUAACGGCCUGUUAGCCACCUUGUUACCUCGUUAGCUGAGUCAGUAGCCUAAUGAGACAUUAUCGAUGUGAGUCUUCCUCUGUGAUCACGUUUGAAUAUCAUUCCUUGUUAUUUUAUUACUUCAAUUAUAUUUGAAUGUUUGAUCCUCAAAUUUAAGUUUUUAUAAAUAUUUGUAAUACCACCAUCACCGUCAAACAACAUGAAUUCACAUUAUUUUAUGCAGAUUUUCCUCAAAAUUCAGUCAUAAUUUGCAAAACGUUUGGAUGGAAACCAGCCGUAAGACGUAACUACAUGAUCAACUCUUGAAUGUGUCAUUUUACCGUGUAGAUGUUGGUGUGACGAGGUGAUUAUUUAGACGAGGAGAGAAAUUUGUUUGUGAUGUUUGUUGAAGUUUUCUGUGGCCUCGUCUGUUUCACUUUGAUGAAACAUGAAACGGGAAAUUAAUUCUAGUUUCUGAUUUAGUUCCCGAGGUUCAGAUUUUUUUUUUUGAACUAUUCAGCAUGUAAAAAAAAAAAAGAAGUAAUUGAACUUCAUGGAUCAUUUGAAAAGUUACAUGAGGCUGAGGAGCAAAAUGCUGCAUCACAAAUCUUGUGAACUUCAAUAUGCAAGAAAAGAGCCUCGGUUUGAAUUUUCCGAUGUUGGCGGUCGUCUCUUCUUCCGAGGUUUCAGCUCGAGGAGGGAAUCAGCACCUGCACAGGCUGGAUUUUUAAUUUCAAAGCUUGACUUGAUGUUCUGCCACCUACACCUGAAUCCUGCUGCAACCAAACCUUCCCUGAACUGAGAGGAAACUCCACGAUGUCAAGCUCCUUCUGGAAAUUGUUUCCUGUAUUAUAAAGAUGAAUGUGACAGUGAAUCACUGACGUGACUGAACGAUACGUACUUUCAUCCUGACGUGGAGAGAUUAAUGUUUGACUUUCUAUGAUAAAAACAUCAUCUGCAGCAGAAUCAAAGGGUUUCUGAUUCUCUCUGCACUGCCGACAUGCGUCACGUUUCCUGAAUUAUACUUGACCUCUUUCACUAAUGUGUCAUAAUUAAUGUAAUGUUAUUAAAAAAGACUAAUCACUGAA